AUGAUGCCCCUCAAAGCAACCUUGGUUACCUGCCUGGCUACAGCAGCAAACAGUCUCGUGUUCACCAACAGAAACUUUGACGACAUCGUCCCGGGUAAAGCUUUCAACAUUACCUGGGAGCAGGCUGAAGGACCAGUAUCCCUCACUUUGUUUCAAGGUGCCACUGCAAUUGAUACCUAUUUCAAGAACGCAGGCACUAUUGCCUCCGAUAUCACCGACAGAUUUUACGUUUGGACGCCGAAAAGCUCGUUGACUCGGGAUGUUUACACGAUCAGAAUCGAAGAUUCGACCAAUUCUCCUAUUUACAGCUUUCAGUUUGGGAUCCUGACUCCUAUCGUGGCCACCACGUCGACUUUGACCUCGACUGCAACGAGCUAUGCUAGUACGGUUUGGGCUUACCCUACCUAUUUGGGAUGUGACGGGGUGUGCCCUUCGGUGAUAUGA